AUGUAUGAACAGUUGACUGAUGGGCCACCUGAACCUGUUCUCGAUCGAUGGGAUGCCAAACCAGACUUGGAACGAUUUCUGACAUGCUUUUACCGGUACUUCGAGGUGAAAGGGUUGCGCGGCGUCGUUGCUAUUCAUUUGUCGCAUGUGGUGGCACUUGCUUUCACCAUUGGAUUCUCGUUCGUCCUGCUAUUUCUCAUUGAUUGGGAAGCUCUGUUGGCUUGCGAUUCUGAGGAGUCAUGUCGUGCCAUAUCCAUUUAUUAUGCGAAACCGUUUCGCGACCUGGGAUUUCGACGAGCAGGGGUCUUGGUGUGUACGGUCCUCUUUGUCUUCUAUGGGGCAAUGAAUGUCGCGACAGUGUACCAAGACAUUCGCGAUGCACAAUCCGUCAGUACGUAUUAUAAGGACCGGCUGGGCAUUGCAUCGGAUGAAAGUUUAGAAACCAUGACAUGGUCUGAAGUGGUGUCCCGUCUCGUCCAGCAGCAGAAGGAGUCUCGCUUCUGCAUCGUUCAAGAUGAGCUCACAGCCUUGGAAAUUGCCAACAUCAUUAUGCGCGAGGACAACUUCAUGAUUGGCUUGACGAGCCACAAGGCGUUCACCGAAGGUUUGCCCUGGUGGAUCCCGCGACGCCUUGUCUUUACCAAAGCGGUGCUUUGGAACCUUCGCCUUGUGAUUUUCCGCUGGCAGGGAGUGCUGGAUGACCGCGGACGAAUCAGACGGGAGUUCUUGAAUAGGCCAGAGGCCAGAGUUCGAAGCAUCAUUUUGUUGGACCUGAACCUUUUGCAUCGGCUUGCAGACUACGGUAGGACAGGUAGAUCCCUUGAAGGGACCCCAAGCGCCGCUUACCGGAUGGCAGUUGGCAAGAACAAAAGACUAACCAAAGGUGGAAAGAAGGGAGGCAAGAAGAAAGCAGGCGAUCCAUUUCUGCGAAAGGAAUGGUAUGACAUCAAGGCACCUAGCAUGUUCUCCGUUCGCAACUGCGGCAAGACUUUGGUCUCCCGGACUCAAGGGACCAAAAUUGCAACAGAAGAGCUCAAGGGCCGUGUCUUGGAAGUGAACCUCGCGGACUUGAACAACGACGAAGAUCAGGCCUCCAAGAAGAUCAGGCUUUGCAUCGAGGAAGUUCAGGGCAGGAGUUGCUUGACAGACUUCCACGGCAUGAACCUGACACGGGACAAGAUCUGCUCCCUGAUCAAGAAGUGGCAGACUCUCAUCGAGGCGCAUGUGGAUGUGAAAACCACAGACAACUAUGUCGUGCGUAUGUUUUGCAUAGCAUUUACGAAGCGGAGACCAGAGCAAGUCAAGGCCAACUGUUAUGCGCAGUCAGCUCAAAUCAGAAAGAUCCGACGAAAGAUGGUUGAAAUUAUGACCCAAGAAGCUUCGAAAGUUCAGCUCCGUGAGCUCGUGAAGAAGCUCAUUCCCGAGUCUAUCGGCAAGGAGAUCGAGAAGCAGGCGCAGGGCAUCUUCCCCUUGAAAGACUGCCUCAUCCGGAAAGUGAAGAUUCUCAAAAAGCCAAAGUUCGACAUCACGAAGCUGAUGGAACUUCACGGUGACGGUGGCGAGGAUGUCGGCGCUGAGAUGAUGCGACCAGAGGCUGAAGAUGCAAUGAACACAUUGACAGCUGAUGUCGCUGCCGCGGAGGCACUGGCACGCAAUCUGCGUCUGUUGGGCUUGGCCAACCUGGUGCUCGUUCCCCCGGUGUUGAUCUUCGUUGCGCUAUACUUCUUCAUGAGACAUGCAGAAGAAUUCCGUUCCCAGAGGGCAUCGCCGUUUCAAAGGCAGUGGACAGACUACGCCCACUGGACAUUCAGGGAGUACAAUGAGCUGCCCCACGAGUUCAAUGCCAGAAUGUGUGCCGCCCAAGCCGCAGCUGAGGCGUAUUUCCAUUGCACAACGCCUUCCUCACCUGUUCUCAAAUCUGUGCAGCGUUGUGUCAAGUUCAUUGCAGGUUCGGUGUUGGCAGCCUUACUGCUUGUGGCUUUGUGGGAUGACAGCCCGCUGCUGUUCGUGAAGGUCCAGGACAAGAAUCUGCUCUGGUAUCUGGCUGUCUUUGGUUUUGCCUUUGCAGUGGCUGAUGGCGCCGGUGAUGAAGAUGCAGGCUCGGGAGGCUCUGGAGCCUCACACGCACCAAGCAUGCCGUUGAGGAUGCACAUUGCAUUGAUGCGGCUGGUGUCCUGUACCCAUUACUUGCCAGAGCACUGGCGCUCUCCUGCACGACUAACAUCACUCGCAGGAGCUUGCAGUGGAUUACAGCGUGCAGAGCUCUGUGACCACUUCCGUCGAGUCCGACGGGAGCUUCUUCGAGACUUUUCGCUUCAACGCAUUCAAGCCCUUGCUGAAGAAUUGUUGGGCGUCUUGCUUAGUCCCAUUCUGUUGAUGUUCUUCCUUCCGGAUGUCGCCCGGAACAUAAUUGGUGCUUUGGGAUCGCUUCAGCACUCGUCACCGAAUUUGGGUGACUGGUGCCUGUACGGCUGCUUGGACUCAACCAUCCUUGCCGAGAACAGUGGCGGCGCAGCCUCGUCGGCCGAAGGAUGUCAAUCAGCACAGCUGCUGAAUCGUUGCGGGGACACCAAUGAAAAGCUUGAAAAAUCAGUGCUUUCGUUCUGCCUGAACCAUCAGCUCGUUUGGCCGAGUUCCACAGAUCGCACCAACAGCGAAACGUCUCAGGUGCCGUUGCAUCAACCACGUGCGCAUCAAGUUCGAAAUCUUGGCCGCCAGAGGAUGCCCACGUCGACGGCCUCUCGAGCUGCUAGGCCGCCUUGGCCCGGUCACGGGCAUCAAGAUAUCCAACUAGAAGAGCUCAACAGUUUGAGUAUGUCGCAAACCUCACCUCCAGACCUUCAAGCGGAUGAUGAGAAUGGCGCACUUUCUCCGCAGCCGCGGGCCGUCGCGGAUACAGAGCCUCUGAUUGAUCUGGACAGCCAUCAGGAUUCCGCGACCGACGUUCCUGCCCAGCACGGCACGACUUCGCCUGUUGCGUGUAAGGAGCAUGUCCUUACACACAUUAUUGGAGUCCCUCCAUGCGCGAUCAACUUGCUGAAUGACAUACAGGAUUUUCACGAGAAAGAGACGUCAGAAGAUCCUCUUAGUGGUGAGAAGGUCGCUCUGCUACCUCCAGACUUGGUCAAGCUUCCUCCGUUGGCACCUGGUCCGACAGCCCUUGCGGCUACAGCUGUGGGCCGAAUAGGUGACGAGCCAGAAUGGUCAAACACUUGUGGUCCGUGGUUUUACUGGUUGGAGGCUUUGCGUGCAUUCAAGGCCAGGCGCUUUGACGAGUCGAGUUCUGGUUGCGUGGGCCUCGGUGGAAUCCUGCUCCACGCAACCUGCUAUGCAUCUCUAUCUUCUGGCACCUGGUCUUGUACUGCCCUUUCUAAGCAGCAACAGCUGGCAGCAACAUCUUAA